GCACUUUCGACAAAACAAAAAUAAGUGUUGCUUUAAAAUGGCUGCGCCCAAUAAACACGAAAAUGUUGAAUGUUCUUUAAACACUGAUAACGGAGCAGCACCGCAUUCUCCAAUUGUAAAUAAACCAACAUGCAUUAUUGUGCUUGGAAUGGCUGGUUCUGGAAAAACAUCUUUCGUUCAGAGGCUGACACACCAUCUUCAUGCAAAGAAAAUUCCACCCUAUGUAAUCAAUCUGGAUCCUGCUGUCCUGGAUGUGCCCUUUCCAGCCAACAUAGACAUUAGAGACACAGUAAACUACAAAGAAGUUAUGAAACACUAUUCUCUUGGUCCAAAUGGUGGAAUAGUCACAUCACUUAACUUGUUUGCUACUAGGUUUGAUCAGGUGAUGAAUUUCAUUGAAUCAAAAUCCAAAGAAUGCACAUAUGUUGUUUUAGAUACACCUGGACAAAUAGAGGUCUUUACCUGGUCAGCGUCAGGAACCAUCAUAACAGAAGCAUUGGCAUCCAGUUUUCCCACUGUGAUAGUGUACGUGUUAGAUACUCCACGCAGUGUGAACCCGGUGACCUUCAUGUCAAACAUGCUGUAUGCAUGUAGCAUAUUGUACAAGACCAAGCUGCCAUUUCUUAUUGUUAUGAAUAAGAUUGACAUCAUCAGUCACAGUUUUGCACAGGAGUGGAUGACAGACUUUGAAGCUUUUCAAAAUGCACUGGAACAUGAAACAUCUUAUGUAUCCAACCUGACCAGGUCAAUGAGUUUGGUCUUGGAUGAGUUCUACAUGACCAUAAAAAGUGUUGGAGUGUCUGCUACCACUGGUGAAGGUUUUGAUGAGUUUUUAUCUAAAAUUGAUGAUGCUACAGUUGAAUAUGACAAAGAAUACAGACCUAUGUAUGAAAAACUGAGAUCAGAGAAAACUCACAAGGAAGAGGCAGAGAAACAAAAACAAAGAGAAUCUUUCUACAAGGAUCAUUUUGGUGGCGAUAUUCCAGUGAAAAGUGAUUUGUUAGAGUCAGUCUCAACAAGAGUUGUCUUAGAACAGCCAACAGAAGAGGGCAGUGAUGAAGAGGAACUCACUCAGAACACAGAUGAUGCCAACACACUGGAAGAAGAAUCUUUCAGGCGGUACUUGGAUGCCAGGAGACAACAGCAGUCAAAAAAAGUGAUCAAAAAAGAUUCUCAAAGCUAGUGAAGGCUGUGUAAAUGACUGUGAAUGAGUGAUAAUAUAUGAAUGUAUGUUUAAAUGUCUGAGAUGUAAAGGUGACUAUAUUGAGUGCUUUCACAUAAUAUUCAUGUACAAUACUAGAACAUGAGAAUAUAACUCUAGGUUAUAUUAUGGAAAUUGUUAUGCUAUUGAAGGGCUAUAGCUUCAUUGCUCAGUACAAUAACCAGCUAUCUGUAAUUUUGUUAUGAGAUGUUUAGGUAUAUAAAUUUAGGAUCAUUUUUUUGUUAUGCUAAUAAUGUUUUGAACCCCUAGGAAUACAUGUGAAUCUAAGUCUUCUACCACUUUAGUUACAUUCUCACAUAAAUUAUACAGAUGUUUGUUACCUUCUAAUUUUCCUAAAUGGUAGCAUUUAUAAGGAAACGUUUUUAGCAAAUAUUUAGAUUCAGAUGUAACUUUGAAAUGUGUUAAGGCAAUGAUUCGUUAUUAAAAUAUAUUACUAUAGUAUUGCUUGUCAUCCAAAGAGCAGGAGUCAAGUAUUAUAACUUUUAUUUUUUUAAAAAACUAUUUAAUAGAAUUUAGCUUUCAAGUUUAUUUAGUUUAUUUCAUUUGUGGGUUUCUGCUUAUUUGACUAAAUUGUUAUGUAACUUUAUAAACUCAAAAUGAUCCCUACUCAUUUUAAAACAUUUAUUGCUUUGAAUGAUUUGGGGAUUUCUUAAAUAUGUUCUCUGAUAAAAACUACCACAGUAUUUUUUAAUGUUAUCUUAUCUGAUUAACAUUGAUAGUUCAUUGUUUUUUUUCACUGAUGAAGAGGGGUUCAUUUAUUACCUUCUGUAACUAAUGUUGUUUGUAUUGUUAGACUAGGCACUUGAACAAAUCCUUGACAGUAAUGCUAUAGUCAUUUUAGUUAAUUUUGAUUUUUGGCAGUUUAGACCAUGUCGUGCCCUCAGUCAUUUUAGACUCGUGUAAUGUCAAAUAGUAUAAGAGAAUUGUUGGUGAUGAUAAAGUUUCACUAGUUCACCCAUAAAAAAAAAAGAGGCGUUCUGUUUUUUUUUUUUUAUAUUGCUUUUAUACAGAGCAUCUUUCAUGCUUAUGGCAUGCUCAGUGCACUAAGCAAACACAACUCUGCUUGAGUCAGGAUUUAAACUCCAGCCCCCUUGUUUUGUGGCCAAGCCGUAGUUAAGGUGUUUUGGCACCUCAGCCGCACAUUUCAUUUAUUUAUAAAAAAGUUUCUGAAAAAAAAAAUGAACUGUUUUAGUUUACAAUAGAAAAUGUUCUUCAGUUUUUAUUUGUAGUCAUUUCCAAUGUGAACUUCUCCAUCUUAAUCAAAGAUGAAAACAAGAAUGUUUCUAUGUAGAUAGAUGUGUAGUCUUGAAAAACAGAUGACGAUUGUGGCAUGAGUAGGUUGGGCUUAAUUGAGCUUUCCAUUAUCUUUGUUUUGUUUGUCUAAGCUCUCUGCUAUUUAAUUACUUAAUCUCCAGAAACAGAAAUAGCCUGAGUGUGGUGCUGAAUUUGGGGCAAAGCUAAUAAAUUUUACGCAAGAUGAUGUUAUCUUCCAUGGAGUUUUGAUUCAAUUAGAAUAUGUUUUGUUUUUAGCUUUGAAGUGUUUAGAUUCUGUUAUUUGUAAGAAGUUAUUUUAAAAGUGUCUUUUAUGUAAAUAAAAUGAGGAUCCUAAACAAUA